AUCGAUCCAGUCUUGAUUCUUGUACAUGCCCAAUUCAAUCUUACACAUAUUCAUAGUCCUGAUUCUGGAAAUUACAAGUUAGGCAACACUAACCCACUUUGCUGGCUUGGGAUACGGUCAGUAACCAUUAGUAAUUACUGGUUACUAACGUAUUAGUAACUAAAUCUGGAUCUUUAGAUCUAAAUGAGCCCUGAAAAUUUAGAUCUAAGUGUUGUGAAUUAAAAACAUUUUAUUUUUGCUAGUUUUUUCAAUUGACUCUUAUCUUCCUCGUUCUAACUCGGAUUUCAAAUUUUUUUUUUGCACAAAUGGAACGAGUUCUUCUCAAUCUACAAAAUGAGAUCAAUUUUCAAUAUAUUUCGAGAAAUUUUUUUUUCAUACUUCUCAAUCUACAAAAUGAGUUCUUCUCAAUUUUUUUAAUAUAUCAUCGUCGCAAAAAUUAUUACAUACGGUUAUACUGUUGUUGUAGAGCCUUGGUCCGUCGACAGGCAACUGGGCAAGUAUGCCCUCCUUCCCCUCUCUUAUUUCUAAGUAGUAGGUCGACGUCCUAAUUAUCACUGGACCAGUUUAAGUAGCCCCCUAGUAGCAAUAAUGCACAUGGGCAAGACCAUUCUUAAUUACUACAUGCAAAUUGAUGCGAUCAUUACAAUCGUCAAUAGCCAUCCAAAUUUUUGUCGGUUGCCCUAGUCGCUGCACAAAUUGAUGCAAUGAUCGAUAGCUAUUAGGGACGAGGGGGAAAAAAUUAUAAAUUGGGUAUUGUUCCAUCCCAAUUUAUUAUAUGUCAAAUCAUAUUGGUGUAAAUUGGGUAACAUUCCAUCCCAAUUUAUUAGAUGUCAAAUCAUAUUGGUGUAAUAUCAUCGUCGCAAAAGUUAUUACAUACGGUUAUACUGUUGCUAAAAGCAAAAAAAAAAAAAAAAACAUUGGUAAAAUAUUUUAUAUUUUGUCCUUGUCUAUGCCGUUCCUCCUCGUUGCAUUUAUCUAAAUUUGGACAUCGUUGAAAUAAAGCUCCAUUUGGUAGAAUACUGCUUGGGAAGACUCGAUCUUAAAGAUACCAACAGGGAAUGUCGAAAUGGAGGAUCCAAUCCAAAUGCUGAAAUCCAAAGAAUUUUUGGUAUUCAGAAGAUAGAAUCUUUCACACGGGUAAGGAUGAGGAGUUUGUUAAAAAUCAAAGUUCAAUUCCCGCUUUUUUCAUAUACGAACAUAUCAUGAAGGGUAAUUACUACUCCCUUGAAUAUAUUUAUCAACUUGCAUUUUGAUUAGAUGUAUUCAGGGCCGGACUCAGGGUGACCUUUGGGAUACGCUUGAAUUCUAACUUAAAAGAUAAAAUUAUCAAAAUAAUUUUCAACUAAGAAAAAGUAUAUACAAUGGCAUGAUGAGUAUUGAACUCAAAAUAAUAAUUACAAUCCACCAUAUUAUCCAACCAGUUAGAUGAUGAUGUAUAUGAAUUUGAGUUGAAUAAUGACAAGUUCAUAGCAUGUUCAUCACCUAUAACAAUAUGAAUUCUAAAUUUAACCUAACUCAUUCCAAUUAGCUCGAUUUCUAGUUUUUUUUUAUAGGGAUGACAUGUGUUUGUUUUUAGUUAGGUCAUAUUUACGAGAUCCGGAUCGACGACCUCUAAUUUGAAAAUCAGUGAUAUUACCACUUGAUCAAACUUUUUUUCGCAAGCUCAACUCCCGAUUUGAAGAGGUCCCUUUUGUCUUAUAGUAUAUGCAAAUAGCCCAUCACCCAUCUCUCAAUUCCUCAAGAUCUGACUUUCUAUAUUAUCAUUCAUGGCACUUCUUCCUAAUUAGUAUAUUUCUUCCUAAUAAGUGUGGAAUGUAAUAAAUAUUCGUGUGAGUUUGAUUUCUUUCAAAAUAGCAUUGUAUUAUUAUUAUUAAUGUCAUAUACAACAAAUACACGUUAUUAUAUCAUAUGAAAGAUGACUAACGAUUCGAUGUUUUCGGAUUAUAUCACAAAAUCAACCUCUAUAGUGUGUUUAAUAAUUUUGUGGAUGCCUUCUUCACUAUGUUACUUGCUUUUAAGGACACUAUGUCUAGGUUUUCGAUCGGCAAGGAUGAGUUAAAUGUGCUAGUGUACCUUCAUGCGAUCAUCUACGAGACUUUACUGUUCUAACCACACUGUCCAUUUGAGCACAAAUGCGCCAGUGAAGAUGAUGUGCUCCCUACUGGUCAUAGAGUAGUUAAGAAGGGCAUGAGGUUGUUGUUCUCCAUAUACUCCAUGGGGAGGAUAGAAGAUAUAUGGGAAAGAAUGCAUGGAAUUUAAACCUCAGAGAUGGAUUUCAGAAGAAGGGAACAUAAACCAUGUUCUGUCGCAGAAGUUUAUGGCUUUUUUGACAGGACCAAAGAUUUCUUUUAGAGGAAGGGGAUGUCUUUCAUGCAUCUCAAGUUCAUUGUUAGUGCUAGUCUGUGGAACUAUAAGUUGAUAUGGUAGAGGGUCAUAUCGUGAAGCCAACACCUUCUAUUCUAUUGUCUAUGAAAGAUAGCUUGAAGAUAAGAGUUUCCAAGAGAGAUGUUCAGUUUCUUCCUACAAUAUUUGUGAUCUUUGGUAAUAAUAAAAAAAGUAAUGUCUAUUUUUUAUGCAAACCUUUUUCAAAUUUUUUUAUAUUAUCCAAAUUUAUUAAAAUGCUAUUAAUAAGCCAAAUCUUUCGUAAUACAUAAAAAAGUAGCCAUUUUUACGUUAUCGUUAAUAAUUUUGUAAAUAUUUUCUUAAUUAAAAUACUAAAAUUUUGGAAUGUAGACAUUCAUUUGUCUCUUCCAGGUUAGUAUCAUUUUUCAAAGUCAAUAUUAAUUACUAACAAAAUUGCUAACCGGAAGUUAACAUUGUGCUAAUUCUUAGUAUUUUGAUAGGUUUGGAUAAUAUAAAAGAAAUUGACAAAGGUUUUGAUAAAAAUAGACAUUAUCCUAAUAAAAAACCUAAAUGGGUACUUAUAGGGUUUGAGCUAUAUGAUUAUUAUUUGGGUCAUUUCUAAUAAAUAAAUAAAAUGUAAGCCUCCAUUUCUUUCUCUCACUCUAUCCUCUUACCUUACGUUCCUAGACACAUAAUAAUUUAAUGUUUCAUAGAUGAUACAUUGAGAGUGACAUUUUUAAUAUUUUAGAUAUUUUUUAUAAUAUAAUCAUCGUUAAACAUUAACAAAGAAUAUAUAUAUAUAUAUAUAUAUAUAUAUAUAUAUAUAUAUAUAUAUUUGUUUAAAUCGGAUAUACUAAAGCUAAAAAAUUUACUACUGUAUAUACCCAUAUCCCUGGCCCAGUUUCAGCAGCCCCUUAUAGCAAUAAUGCAUGGGGGUGACCAUUUUUGGCUUUUGGAAGGUCGACUUUAAUUGCCACAUACAAAUUGAUAUAUCACCAUCCAAAAUUUCGUUGGUUGCCCAGCAGGGUUGUCACGCCGGCCGGCGUGCUACCGGUUGUACCUGGUUCAACCCGUACCGGUCAUAAAAUCGGCGUGACACCACCGGUAUGACCGGCAUGAUCGAUAUACGAUUCUCUAAGUAAAAUAACCUUAUUUUAGUGACUUUAAUUGUUAAAAAUUAUUUUAUUAUUUAUUUUAUGAGUAUAAAUGUUAAAUAUUGAUGUUAUUUGUUGGAUUCAAGUAUAAAUAUUUAGGUAUUGACGUUAAAUGUCAUGUUUAAAAUGAGUAUUUAUAAUUUUAUUUGUAAUAUUGACCGGCAUGAACCGGCACAAACCGGUAUGUGCCACCGGUCGAACCAUUCCACUUGCUAAACCGACACACUGGCAUAAACCGGUUUGACAACCUUGUUGCCCAGCCUUAGUGGCAGGAUUGAUCGAUCGCGUCAUUAACAAAAAUAAUGCAAUCCUAUCUUUCAAGAACGUUUUAAUUAAUGGUCAUAUAUUUUGUUACAUAAGUUAUAUUUAGUUGCAUAAGUUUGUUCUCAAUAAUGCGACAUGAAUUUUGAAGGGUGGAGGAGGCUUGGCCUUAUCCAUGCAUGUACAAUAAUGUGUGAUUUAGGGAGCAAUAUUGGUUUGGUGGGUACGAUUUAUUUAUAUUUAUCAUUUAUGAGAUUAAAGGUUGACGAAACGUAAUAUGAUAUAAAAAAACUAAUGUUUAAGUGACUCGUAGAAAGUCUAAAGUCCAAUCUAUGAAUGAUUAUGUUUUAAGUUGAUAUAUAUAAUAUUUUAGAAAUUGUUUCAAAAUCUUCAUAUAAAUUGAAUAUUUUCAAAAUUGCCACAAAUUUUUUUUUUGAAAAAAAUAUUACCGGAAGAAGAGAGGGAGAAUGAGCAGGAAUUUCAGUAUAAAAUAUACGUACAUACGAGUCAUGUAGCAAAUAAUCAAUUGAUUUGGUUGCAAACACGUGAAAAUCACACCCUGUAUCUAAUUAAUUGCAAUUUUAGUUGGUUUCAACGAAAACGCGUCUUGAAACUAAAUCAGUUAGCUUAUCAUGAUAAAACUGUACUGAGUUUGGUUGAAUGACCUGAGUGAGCACUCUAACUACUUAUGAUCAUCAAUCAGAGUGGUGUAGAAUUUAACUGGAUGAGUACGAGUCUUCAACCCAAAAAUAUCGAAUAUAAACUGUUAUGCGAGUGAUUUAUGUACGUUCAUUUUAAUAGUCUCAAAAUGUCAAACUUCAAUGACAAUUAUUUUUCAUAUAUUUUGUUGGACUUACGACUUACACUAUAUGUUGAUUAGUUGAGAAAAUUAAAUAAUUAUUUCUAGACGGUACUUAUUGUGUAAAAAAGGAUGUGAUUAAUGUUAAAUUAGGGGGGGGGGGGGGGGGGGGGGGGGAAGACUUAUGCUUAUAGAUUAGCAUGGUUUGUGAUGUUGCACGGAAGUUAAUGUUUAGGUAUUUGUGGUAUAUACUAAGACACCACACGACAAUAUACUGAAUAUAGCACAAAUAAGAGAAGAGAGUACCCUUCCAAGCUUUAUUGUACCCUUCUACCGACUCUUUGCCUGUUUAUAAUUAAUGCAUUAUUAGGGAGCCCAUGUACAGAACUGGCAUGUUUGUAAUGCUCUUUUUUUUCUUCUUCUUUUUUUGGCAUUUACCACCCCACACCACAUCUAUCAAUAAUUAGGGUUGGCAAUUUGGUCCAGAAUUGUUUGGUUUUACCCGAAAUCGGACCGUAUAACUCGGACCGGGACCGGAUAGCAAACAAUCCAAUCUCAUAUUCGGGCUUAGAUUUGAGGUAAAAAACCCCGGAUAAAGACCGGAUAAGAGACCCCCAACACCUAAAAUCAAUAUAUAAUUGGGACCGGACCGGGUCAAGACCGGACCGGAUCAAGACCGAAGUGUAUCCAAUCCAAUCUUUGAUCCUUAUAUUUCUGAAAAGACCGGACUGGGACCGAAUCAAUUUGGUCCAAUUUAACCGAAGCGGACCGUAUAGCCGCCCUAAAUGCACAUCUACUGCGUACUCUCCUUGAUCGUGUUUUCCCUCGACGUUUCUUCUAAAUUGGUUGCAUGCAAGGAAACUAAUUAAUAUUUCAUCACAUCCCCCUUUCUUAACGUGUGACUGCCUUAGCUAGCAAACGUCCUCCUUUAUAAACAACAACAAAGAGAAACCCAACUUGUAACUGCAUGCAACAAUUAUAGCUCCACUCCCACAGAAACUAACGAAACGAUGUCAUUUCUGCUCUUGCUAACCUUCCUCUCAUCACUACUUCUUCUUUACACCAUCAUGACGAUGAGGAAGAUGAAGAAGAAGUCACCAUCGUCGAUCCCAAAUUGGCCUAUCUUUGGAAUGCUUCCAUCCCUCCUAUGGAACCUCCCCCGCCUCCACGAACUCGCCACCGAUAUCCUCAAAGUCAACGGCGGCACCUUCGUCUUCAAAGGCCCUUCCUUCACCAACCUCAACUUCAUCGUCACAAGCGAUCCCACCAACGUCCACCACAUCGUCACCAAAAACUUCUCCAACUACCCCAAGGGACCCGAGCUCAAGGCGAUCAUGGCGCCAUUUGGAGACGUCCUAUUCAACAGCGACGGCGACUCCUGGAAGACGAAGAAGGAGAUCGUCCUCUCCCUCAUCAAAACCGCCGGAUUCGAGAGGCUUCUCAUGACAACCCUUCGUCACAAACUGGCCGACAGCCUCAUCCCGGUACUCGACCACGCCGCGAGAAAUCAUGACGAUGUUGUGCUCGACUUGCAAGAUGUGAUGAAGCGGUUCAUGUUCGAUCUCACCUGUUUGCUCUUCCUGGGGAUCGACCCGGAGUGCUUGUCCACGAGUUUUCCUCGUGUUCCAUGUGCGGAGGCGUUUGACGUGUUAGAAGAGGCCAUCGUUUACCGCCAUUGCGUGCCAAAGUGGGUUUGGAAGUUGCAAAGAUGGCUUCACGUCAGGUGGGAAGGGAAGACGAUCGAAGCUGAGGAAUGCCUCAACGGGUUUGUGGAGGAAAGGAUCAGAGUCAAGAUGGUGGAGAAACGGGCGAAGGAGAGUACUAGUGAUAAUGAGGAUAAUUAUGACUUUCUGAUGAAGCUUAUAGUUGAGACAGAGCGGUUAAUGGGGACUUGUUGUUAUAGUAGUAAGUUUGUGAGGGAAAUUGUGGUUAGCUCGAUGGUGGCCGGGAGAGACACCAUUGCUGUUGCUCUCAGUUGGUUCUUUUGGCUCGUGGCCACCAACCCAGGCGCGGAGGAGAAGAUCCUGGAAGAACUGGAUCGAGGCCUCAUUACUCAAACAGGUGAAAAAGAAGUGAUAUUUUCGAGCAUAGAAGAGUUGAACAUAAUGGUGUAUCUGCACGGGGCCAUAAGCGAGACUUUGAGACUAUAUCCAUCGGUUCCAUUUGAGCCGAAGCAAUCCCUCAAAGACGACGUUCUUCCCAGCGGCCACAUCGUUGGCCGGAACGCUAGGGUCUUAGUGUCCAUUUACUCGAUGGGAAGGAUGGAAGAUGUAUGGGGUAAGGACUGGAUGGAGUUCAGACCCGAGAGGUGGGUUGCAGCAACAACCGAUGGGAACGAUAUCUUCAACAAUGAUAACAAGAAGAACAAUAUUAUUCACGUGCCAUCCUACAAGUUUGCAGCAUUCAUGGCAGGGCCAAGGUCGUGAUCGGGGAGGAAAAUAGCGUACACACAAAUGAAAACCAUAAUAAGUUGUGUUUUGCGCAUGUAUAAGAUCGACGUGGUGGGUGGUCAUCCCGUUGUCCCGCUGCCUUCUAUUAUGAUGUUUAUGAGACAUGGUUUGAAGGUCAGGGUUUCAAGCAGGAUACGAGGGAGUAGUACUACUACUACCAAUGCUGUCAACUCGACUUUGUCGGGACCCGGUCAAACAAGUGGGUGAAGGACUAAUGAUCGGAUAUCGAUUCACCCGGUUUCGCUCGAGUAUGUCGCUAUCAUAUAGUUACUAUAAUUUCUCUUGUCAUUUAAUAUAUUGUCAUGUCUCUUUAGAAAAUUAUCAAGUGAGUUUGAACAAACUCUGAACUUUUAUAUUCUUACAUAAUGCUCUUAACUAGCUAUGUAUCCCGCGCGCUGCGCUGCGGCAAUUGAAAUUGGUAAUGAAUAAAUAAAUUUUAUUUGUGGAAUUGAUGAGCUUGAAGAAUAUAAUACUAUUAAUUUGUGAUUAUUAAAAAAAUCAAGAUAUAAUGAAGUAAUAAAACCUCAAUAUACUGAAAUGGAGAUCAAGUUCUACGCAAGAUAAAGAGUAAAGACAAACUAAAGGAAAGAAUGUUGAGAGUCAUAGUUUGGCUAUGGUAGACAAAGUAAAGUGUUAUCAGUCCGUUGCAUAUAUAAUUGACUCACAAACACCAUGUGGAUCGUGCACAAAUGCACAAUUCAUUGUCAUUUUGCUGCAUAUUACAAUUAUAAUCUCAUUUCCAUACAACAUAAAACGACUUAUGCUUUAAUUCAGUGGGUACUGGUACUCGGUAAUAAAGCACUUUUAAUUCAUCGUAAAAGUGGAUUACAACCUCGCUUGACCCCAUAGCGACAUGACAUCCAAUAAGAAUCACCAAUCAGCUGCGCUUCAGAUCUAUCACCAUCCUCUUGUCCAAAGAGCAGACUUGCGUCCUACGUAAAGUAAACUUUUCGGUUGUAUGAAUAUGGUCUCCUCUAACUCAACUCCAUUGCAAAAGGGCUUGCUUGAAGAUGUAACUUUGAGACAAUACUUAUGUUCUGUUAUAUGGCUCUUCUACCCUAUGAUUUUGACGUGUCAAAACCACCAAUACACAUUAAAUCAUGUUGAUAAGUUAAAGUAAUUGGACAACUACUCUAAAGGCUCUAAUAUCAAAGAAUUGAAUCAUAUAUGAGAAGACCUUAAUAGAAUGACACCUAAAACAAUGGCAGAAAAGGCCUCAAGCAUACAUCCAUCAUUCUGCACCAAAACGUAUGCAUUCAGCUGCGAAAUCAGAGCAAUGAUGCUUAUAAAGCAUCCAUCUAUAUAUCUAGUUAGCCCAAGGCCAUGUUAUGAUACAUCAAAGACAUGAAGCAGUGAAUUUUGGUUCUAAACAUCUAUCUUCCUACACAGAAAAGGGGUGUAACAACGAACCUGACAAAUCAAGUGUGCCUAAAUGUAUCUUCAGUUCUCCAAGAAGGCUUCAAAGCUAUAAGAACUAUUACAAAUAUAUCAAUAGAAGCAUCCAUAUAGGAAAAUUGGAAGCUAAAUUAAAGUAAAAAUGAAUACUUAGAGACUCUUCGCCAAAACAUGACAAUCCAAGUAGAACAAUGAUGCUUUGUUUCCGACCAUUUGAACCAAUACGGUUGAGGAUGAGAAUUAAUUGAUUUGUUCCUCAACUGAAUAUCUGAUGCCAAGCUUUUACCAAAUGAAAUUGACUCAAAGAACACCAACAACCCCAACUUGUUGCAUGGGUCAAAUCAAAACUAAUUGAUUUAUUACUUAUCAUGAAUCUGGCGUGUCACCAACAUAUUUUAGCAGUAAGAUAUGAAUUGAAAACUCGGAGAUAUGCGCAUUACAUCACAGUUGUAGAAAUUUUUUAAGUAAUCAAGAAAGAACAAAACAACAAAUUGAAUUUCAUCUU